CUGUAACUUUUUCAUUCAAUAGUCGUCAGCCGACCGUGUGGUCGCGUGUGUCGCUCUACGCGUACGUGUCCGAUGUUCUUUUGUUUGUCAACAAAUAAAAUGAAGUGUACAGUGUUAGUAAUGUGAUAUUUUGUUUUACGUUUUAACAAUUAUAAAAUGUUAAUUAAGCGUUGCAUUGUGGCUUGAAGAUGGACGGUGCGAACGCUGACUCGGAUCACUCUAUGACUUGGGAAGACUUUUUUGGUAGCACCACAGACCUUACACCGACGCUCAUUGGUAUAUACGACUCUCUUCUGGAACCAUCAAAAAGCUUGAGACCAGAAGCGAAACGCCUCGAAACUGCUAAAGAUGCCAGAAACGAUCCACCAGUACAAGACAAUCAAGACACCAUGACAGAGGAAAAAGAAUGCGUAUUACUUGCGAGUCCACCGAAAGAUCCUUCAAGACUUGCAGGUGGCGUGAAACUACCCAUUGCAGCGAUAAACAAAAGUUCUCUCUACACGUUACGAACUAAAUGUGAUAAUAAUGGUGCUAAUGAAACUAAAUGUGACCUUACAAGUGAAACGAAUAAAGAUAAAGUGCAAAGAACGUUUAAGGAAACAAAACAAGAUACAACGUUUGAUAAUCUUUCGCCGAACGUCAAACGUAUGAUAAAUAGUGCGGCUGAAACGACUACAUUGAAAUUUCAAAAGAAAACAAUUACUGUUGGAAGAUCGUCGACCAGACGCUGUAACAUACCUUUAGUAGGAGCUACGUCUAAAAUAUCUCAUUCCGGUGUUGAAAUAUUACCUUCUAUUGAAAUUUACGAUCAACCAGUUGGAAUAAAAACUGCCAGUAAUGAAUCGCCAGCUAAAACAAUCCCUCUUAUAAAGCCAGAAUUUAAAAUAAACGAUGAACCAACAACGUACGAUGUCCCAACGAAUAACAGACCUGCUAUUUAUGAUGUUCCUAAUCCUAACAAAACCGCUUUCGAAUCUCUUUCUUUACCUUUCAUCGAUCAAUCUAUCGAGCUUGCUAUAUCUUCUAACGAUAGGGAAUUCGAUACAAAAGUAUCAUCAAAAGAUAAUUCACCAUUAAAACCUGAAAUAAAAACAUCAACACCUGAAGUUUCUCCCGCUAAGUUUCCUAAAACCGUUGCCAAUGGCACAAAUAGUUUACAUAGAAAAGACUUCGGUGUUAAGAUUGAUAGUUCUCCAAAUAAGCUACUGAAAACUGGACCUUAUCCUGAAGCAGUAGCAUCCACUGGGAACCUAAAAAUGAUACAGGAGAAAGAAGUAAUUAGAUUAAAUCCGCCAAUUGAAGUUACUAGACCACUAUCAAUGAGCUCUAUCGCUUCAUCGAGUUCCACUUCAAGUAGUGGUGUUCAAAAUAAAGGAGGAGUAAAUUCUGCUUACUUGGCGUCAAUCGAAAGCUUGGAUGAUCAUAGCGAUGUAGAUGUAGCAUCUGCUAAUGGAAGCAACAAUUUCGUGAACAACGUCGGUAUGUUGAAGACCUGUGUAUCUGAAGAAAGUCGAAGUGAACUACCGAGACAAAACGCUUUCGAAGAAAUGCCAGGACUGUCUCAACUAGAACGCGUCUGUGCUGAAAUAGUCCAAACAGAAAAUGUUUACGUUGAAGACCUGAGGCAAGUUGUUGAGGGCUAUUUGCACGUCUGGAGGCGAGAGACUACGUUCUCUGACGACGAACUCAACGAACUGUUUAACAAUAUUGAAGAUAUUUACGCUUUUAACAAAUCUUUAUGUAGCGAGCUAAAUACUUGCCGACUCGACGCGACUUGCAUAGCAACAUGCUUCGUCAACAAUACCACGGGCUUCUCCGUAUAUACUUCCUAUUGCACUGGCUACCCGAGGACCAUGGAGAGAUUGGCUGCUUUGGCAUCUCGGCCACAGAGCGCUCGGGAGUUUAGAGAGAGACAGGUGGAGUUGAGACAUCCACUGCCAUUAGCAUCUUAUCUAUUGAAACCUGUCCAGAGGAUACUGAAAUAUCAUUUGCUAUUACAGAACGUAGUAAAGCAAUGUGCGUCUCGCGAGACGGAAUAUGCGUUACUGAAGAUGACGGGCAUCGCUCACCACAUCGACGAUAUGAAGAGACGUCACGAGCAUGCUGUCAGGGUUCAGGAGAUACAGUCGCUACUUUACGGAUGGAAUGGACCCGAUCUGACGACUUACGGAGAGUUGUGCGCCGAAGGGACCUUCAGAGUGUUCGGCGCAAAGGCGAUGCGUCACGCCUUCCUCUUCGACAAAAUGCUUCUCGUUACUAAAAACAGGGAAGAUGGGAUUCUCGCAUAUAAGUCACACAUUAUGUGUAAUAAUAUGAUGCUAGUGGAGUCCAUCGCGGGGGCGCCGCUGUCCUUCCACGUCAUACCCUGGGACGCGCCGCGGUCACAACUCACGCUGCAGGCGCGGUCGCCGAGACACAAGCGAGAAUGGACCUUGUUGCUGAAACGGGUUAUAUUGGAAAACUACAAUGCAGUUAUUCCGUCUCAUGCGAGGCAAUUGGUGAUGGAGUUGGGACAGAACAAAACUGAUGAUGAUAUUUUAGCAGAAAAAUCACACGGUCUCAUCACUCAAGCGUCGAUGCGAAAACAACUAUCAGCACCUGAAUAUCUAGAAAAACGAAAGCUAGAAAGAGAAAGGAGAAAAUCAUUCGAAAAUGGAAUCAGAGGAAGACUUAAAAAAGCUAAUCGAAAGUAUACCAUAAACAAUGCAAGAGACGAAAGCCAGGAAUGCGAUUGUGUUCAAUACUCAGCUGAAAAGGGAACAGAUUAUACUUGCGAUAAUUGUUACAUCGAUCUUUGCUCGGAUUGCGAAACAGAACUAGCUAAGGAUAAAGUGAAAGAUGAUAAAUGUUCAUGUAAAAAUGCAGCGAACGAUGCAAGAGAGAAAUGUGCCGAAUGCGAUCGAGCUCUACAUUAUAUAGACGCUGGUAGCACAGAACAAAUCGAAAGGAAUAAAUCCGGUUGCAAAUGUUCAGACUUUAAAUCAUCUCAAGAGAGUUUUACAAAAGAAUUUAAUGGUUCUUUGAACAAAACCAGAGGCUAUCAUUCCUCUGACAAUAUUGUCAGCUACACGGAAAGUAAGAGCAAAGAAGAUUUGACCGAAAUCAAUCAGCCAGCCAAUGUUAAAAAUAUACAGAAAACUUGCUUAAAAUGCGCUAAAAUUAAAGAAAAUAUUCCAGUGACUGACUCAAUAGGAACGUUACACACUAGAAAAUCAAGAUGUAAUGAAACUGAAAAAGUCAGAACAGAUACACUCAGAUCAAAGUCUAAAGAUGAUCCGCAGAGGUCUAAAUUGUCAAAAAUAGGCACUUGGAGGAGAAAAUCCGAACCGGGCCUGCAGAACACGGUUAUAAUUUCUAAGAAAACACACGAAAGUGAUAGCGAAAGGGCUGAUAGCAAGGGAAGUGAAAAAAUAGAAUUUGAAUGUCGAAAUUGCGGAUCAAAUAAAAUAUCUAAGAAAAUCAAAAGUAACGAAGGAGCCAUCAUUUCUGAUACUGAAUUGGACAAUAGAAAGAGAGGGACGUCUGCUGUAAUUAAACCGAAUAUCGAAAUAAAAAUGUACAAUACUAAAAACAUACCAAAGAAAAUAUCGAAAAUUAAAAAGAAUAGGGCAAAAGGAUUGCGUCUCGGUUCUGACACUACGACCCGGUUUUAUACCGAUUUUUCAACCGACGUGUCUACGGAGAAUAUAUUGCACAUAUCUGAAUCAAAUGACAGUCUCAAUGUAGACAAACCAAAGAUUCAACCAAUAUUAACUAUUCCUGAUAAGAUUAGUAAAGAUGAAGAUAUUGACGAAGAGACGUACAAAAAGUUGAUAGAAAAAACUGAUUCAUUCAAAAAGAACGAACUAGAGAAGGUUAAGUACUUAAACAAACAAAAAGUUAUAACAGAAGGAACAGAGGUGGAAGAUAAAUCUCAAGAUAUUUCCGAAUUGCAUGAAGAAGUUCAGGAGAGUUGUGAAGAAAUUGAACAACCCUUAGAACAGAUAAUAUCACAACUAUUGAUGCAAAACAGAGAAUUCCAAAAGUUACUUAAAAAACAACAACAACGUAAUACUGCUCAGAGAAGGCAUCAAAGACUUUUAAAAUCUCAUUCGAAUCCCGAUCAAGUUAUAUUAGCCAAAAACGAGCUAACAAAGUUAAAACCAAAGUACAUCCGUCAAAUGUCAGAAAAUAUUGAAUUAAAUAUCAACGAACAAGAUGACCCAGAACCAAUUGUUCAAAGUGAAGUCGAAGACGCAUCUGAUGAGGAUCACAUUUAUGAAACUUUGAGAAUAGAGAACAGAGUUGAUAACAGCUUACACAGUUUGUGUAAUAAAAGUAAAUUGAUACAACACAAUGUACAUGUCUCUCGGCCUAAACGUUUAUCGUCUCCACAAAACCCUUCAGAAUUAGUUAAAAUUCGCGGACCUGAAUCAGAUUACGUCUAUUUAUCAUUCGAUCAAGUUAAACGGCAUGAAAAUUUAGAAGAUGGUAUAUAUGAUGUUCCAGUUAAAUCGCCAGAAAAAGUAACAAAACCUGAGAAAAAUACUAAUGACUAUUACGUUACAAUGGAAAACCAAGGACCGGCAACGGUAACUAAUGAUGAAAACAUUUAUGAUAAUCUCAUAGAAGUCUGUCGGCGGAAUAAAGAAGUACCGAAUUCACUACCAAGUGACUAUUUACCAAUGAGCCCAGAUCAGCAGAGUCCUAAUACACCAGAAAUAUGGCUGAGUCGUCAAAAAGAACAUUUUAACGUUUCUAGAGAUAGAAAAUCUGGCUCACUACCUAGAAGUUUUCAGGUAGUAACGAGCGGUCAAGACGAUGCUAAUUUGAGUACUUUUAAAUGUAAACCAAACAGUAACAGCAAAACUUAUCUUAAUAGAGACGGUAAAGUGAUGAGUGUAGACAGACCAUUUACAAUCGCUUCAGAUCAAAGUGAAAUUAGUUACGAUGACGUAGAAACAUAUAUGAGUGAAGGAGAUAUUUUAAAAUUUAACAAAAAUGCAAAAUCUAAAGAAGAUGAUUACUCACAAAACAUAAGUCAAUCCACUUUAGAAUUGGAAGAAGAAAUCGAUAGGUGUUACAAAAAUAAUUUUGAAAAAGUUGACUUAGAUACAAAUAAAAAUGAAAAUCCUUUAAAUAUGUCUCAACCUAACCUAAACGUAUCUACCACGUCUUCUUGUGAAGCUUUGACAGUUGAGCAAAAUUUAGAAAAGGCUAAACUUGUAGAAGUUAUACAUCCAGAGCAUAAAAUAUAUAAGCCUACAAGUAAUGUCCUAUCAUUGAAAAAUGUCCUAAGUCGUUUUAAAAGUCGUACUCCACCCAAGAACAAUGACGACACGGAGAUAACUGCUAGCGAACAUACUUCAGAAAAUUCUAAGAGUGAUUUAAAAAGCCCUACUAGUGAAAAAAGAUCAGCUCUAAACCCACGGAGUUAUUCGAAAAAUCUAUUACAAAGAUUUAGAAGCAUUAUCGGAGAUGAACAACCAGAUGAUAAUCAAAAUAAAGCUGAAUCUACAAAAACUAAAAGCGAAGAUUCCCACAAUAUAUCAAAGAAUGAAAUAAAAGUAAUAAUCACAUCAACGGAUAACAGUCCCACUACCUCUACUAUAAUAUAUUCGAUAAACACCGACGUUCUUAGCAGAAGUGUGUGUGAUCACACAACUAUGAGUGAAAGUCUAAAAGAGAAAAACAAUUUAGACUUGUUGUCACAAAGUUGCGAAAACAUUAACCAAAAACAAAAUUUCCGUCCAAAUUACGAGAAAAGUGUAAGCAUGCUUACAAAUGUUACGAGUUCAUUGUCGAGCACACCUUCACCCUCAAAAUCGAAUAAUAGUUCGUACCAAAGUCUGAACAAAUUGCCAGUAUAUAUGCAAGGAAGUAAGCACUUAGGCGCUAGAAUAGCUCAAUCAGAUUAUGUCGAUCCAACGACUCUGAUGAGCGAAAGGAAUGCUCUCAAAAACGUUAAUGUACUUAUAAAUAAAAACGCCUUACGACCAGAUAGUCUUUUUUCUAAUUCAUCAUUUGUAACUUCAUCUAGCGAAAGUACGUAUCAAGAAAGUCAAAACAAAGUAACUUCUCAGUACACUUUUAAUGAAAAAACAUUAGCGUCAAAAGUAAAUUCAGAUGAGAGUUACUAUGAAAAGUCAUUUGAAAAAAUUGAACAAUUAACAGAUGCGGAUAUGUUUAGAGAUUCCGCUGUGUACUCAGAUCAAGAAGAUAUUGAUGAUGGAUCAAUUGAAUCAAAAAAUAAAGUUUUAAAUAAAGCUAUGACUAGAGUUGAAAGUAUUAAACGUGAGUCGUCAUUUAGGACGAAAAAGACUGUUAUAACCACGAAUAAUUCAGAAAAAAACUGCAUUAAAUCUAUAGUUACUACAACUACGAAUAAAAUUAACUAUUCAGAAAGUAAUCAAAAUACAACUAAGGUAGAAAAAGCCGAAAAUGUUGAUAAAAGUGUAGCAAAAGCGAAAGUAGCUCCUCCUGUACCGAUUAAACCUAAAAUGACCACUGUCCCAACAGUUGCAAUCGUCCCUAGUAAAACAACAAUUACUAAGAAUAAUUUUAGCAAAGAUCAAUCAUCAUCCUUUGAGUCUGUUAAUACACGAACUAUUAAAAGAAAUACCAAUUACAAAUCAUCAUUUGCGAGAUCAGAAUCUUCACCGGGUGCAUCGAAAGAAAAAUCAGAUUUGGGCAUUGAAGUGAUAAAAUCUGAAAAUCAAACCAUUGAAACAAAAGAAGUAGACGAAGACUUAAAUCCGCAAGGAAAUAUAAAAUUAAAACGCUUAAGUUUCGAGAGAUCUAGCUUUGAUUCAGCGACGAGAAAGACAAAAACUAUAAUAGAAAACAAACGUACGUCUCUAGAACAACCAUCAACAUCAAAAUCGGUUUUAGAAAGGCGAUUGGAGAUCGAACAAAUGACUAAAAGUCAAACAAACAAACCAGCACAGAGUAAAAAACCUGUACAAUUACCAAAACCUAAAUCGAUUACGACAAAAAUGGCAUCAUUCGAGCGAAGUGUCAGUGAAAUAAAAAGCAAAGAGCGAAGUAUUAACACGAAUGUUGGGACUUUAAGGCCGAACGUUUCUUUUAAUAAAAAUUGUGUUAGUGAACAAACACCGGAUGUAAUCGACAAUGAAUCAAAAGAGAGUUGGGUAAAACAGGUUGUCAAUAAAUUCCAAUAAACUUAUUGAGUGAUACUUCUGCAUUUAAAAAAAUCCGUCUGAUUUUUUACUCCACUUUUUGAUACCCACUUUCUGAAUACGUAGUAUUUAAAUAUUGUUAAUUAUUAUAACAUUGUAAAUAGCGUUUGUUUUUAUCAAAUCUCCACGAGCUUUGAUAUCUUGUGCCAUAGACAAGAUAAAUAUUUUGGCGGUAUGUUAUUCACUAUGCACGAAUGUAACGAACUCGCACAAUGUACAUAGAGAUUUGUUAAUAUGUUUAUUUUGCUACAUAUUUAUCUAAAAGUGCCAUCUUAAAUAUAUAGAAUAAUUAGAUGAUCUAUAUGAUUACAAUAACAAUGUUUUCUUGUGCAAUCGAAUAUGCUAAAAUUUUAAAAGUAUUUAUUUUUUAAUAUAAGUUUUUUUUUUAAACUACUAACACCAAAAAGUAGAAAUGUUAUUUAGGUUAUGAUUUUUGCGAUCUAAGAUGAAAUAAAAAUAGCAUUAUUUUUACAUUCCGAUAUUUCACAAUUGUCUCUUCUGAUUGAUGAAAUGAUAAUUUUUUUUUUUAUUGAUUUGAAGAUAUCGGUUUUACUCUGUAACAUUAUUCAACGAAACUAAUUUAAUUGAACACUAAUAUUGUGAUACCUUUUCGCAAAAUAUCACAUAUAAAAAUAUUUUUUUAAUAAUCAAAUGGAAUUGAUUCUAUUUUUGAAAUUUAUAAUAAUGUCGGUAGCACUGAAAAUGAACAUAAUAUUUAUGUUGGCAAUACUUUUUUUUAUUUUAAUCGCAUCUGAAAACAAGUAUACUUAACUCGUUGAGACUGCUAGUUUUUUAAGUAUUAUUUCUCAUUUGAUAACUAAUGUUACAUGAGACAUUACUAACAUUAUUAUAAAAAAAUCUCAAAAACAUGCGAUGCGUACUCUACUUAACGUCGAAUUUUUGUAAGCAAUUUUAAUUAUAAAAAUAUAUUAUACAACCUGUAUGGAAAAUAUAAUCAAUAUUAUAUUUUGUAAUAUUUUACGAAAGGUAUAUCGUUUUAAAAACAGGUCUCUAUUUUAACAUGUCCACAUAAUAUCUCUAUAAAAAUAGGAAACUGCACUAACGGCUAUGGAUCUUAGUCAAAUCAUGAAAAUAAAAAAAUAUGUAGUAUGAGUUAAAAAUGUCGUCACAAUUUCAAAAUAGUAAUAAAUGCUAUUAUUAUUAUUACUUUGCCUAUGAACAAUUAUUUUACUUAAUGAAUUGAAUAUUUAAAACUGAAACAGAAGACUUUUUUAUAAAAAAUAUUUUUGGAAGCAUUACUUUGCCUUUUAGGUUUCUUAAAAAACAAACGCCCGUUUCUCAGUAAUAUUAUGUGGAUAUGUAAACACACCUUAUAAAAUUAUAUGAAUAUUCUAUGUAACCAUGCCUUUAGUUCAAAAUUAAUGUGUUUUUGCGAAUGUAAAAUUAUACUUUAUAUAUGUAUGAUAAUUUAACUUAACCCGACUUUACCUUUUGGAUUCGAUAUAAUUACAAAAAUACAAUUACCAUUUAUUAAUGUGUUGAAUUAUUUAAAUAAUUAGCCUGUUUUACUCAUUUAGAUCACGUAAGUUUCUCCAUAGGAAAACUUUUUAAUGUCAAUAUAUAUAUAUAUUUAAUGCAGUAAUGAUCUAACGCCUAAUUCAUUGUUUUAUUAAAUGUAGUCAAAUAUAAUAAAUAAAGUAUAUUAUUCACUCGCAAAGACAAACGAAUAUCGUACAAUUGAAGUUGUGAACGAAAAUAACGCAUAACGUGAAGUAACUUAGUAUUGUUUAUUAUUAAGUAUUAUUAACGCAUAUUGCCCAUAUCGAAGUAGACUUUGAUGAUAAUAAAGUGAUUUUCAUAAAA